GGUCUGUCACAUUUCACGCUGACACAGAGCGCGCGCACACACACACACACACACAGGCAUACAGCAUACACUCACACGCUGGGCUCACCGUGUUAUCGACGCAUUCAAAGUCAGGAGUACAGUCGUGGAGAGCACAUCGCAGCGACUCGGAGCUGCUUCUGUGUGAGGAAACGAGAGGAGCGGGCAGGAAAAACACAACGCAGCGCGACACACAAACACACACACACGAAAAAGAGGAAAUCCCCCGAAAGGAAAUGCCAAUCGCAGCCACUGGACAGCCAACGACUCGGGAGCACAGAGUUUGCCCCCGGCUGCCCUCCACCCCGGAGCCCGUCCCCAAAGGGGUUGAUUUAUUCGACGAGGCGGGGGCGGCGGAGUCGGCGGAGCGGACGGAGUACGGGGGCGCGGAGGGGGGCCGGGGACUGGGCUACAGUUACAGCCAGAGCGGCGCUAGGGGCUUUGCACAGCCCGGAUCCACCAACGGCUCUCCGCCGCAAUCACCAGCCGCCUCCUCCUCCUUUCUCUUCCAUCCCCUCCAUCCCCUCCACCACCACCACCACCACCCCCACCACCACCACAUGGCCAUGGAGCCCCCAAGGACUCGAUCGCGUUCUCGGUCUGGAUAUUACCAGCAGUACGGGGGCGGAAACGGCAUUGGAAUUACCGGUGGCGGAGUGACGGGAUCUAACCUUCAUCUCCACCACCAUCAACACCAGCAGCACCAUCAACACCAGCAGCACCAGCAGCAGCUCCAUCCACAGCAACACGGGGCCGGUUGCGAACCACUUGGAGCUCACGCCAUCCUCUCGGAGAACCAGCCGCGAGCCCCGGGAAGCAGCGCCGCGCCGGGCGGCCAGAGGCUGUCUUCUGUCCCCGGAGCACACCGCGUCCCGGCGGCAGGAGCUUCUGGCGGAUCCUACCACUGCCACCCUGAUCACGCAUAUGGCGAUGAGAGCGAUAAGAGUGAGGAAAGCCCCAGUCCAAAGCGCCAGAGGCUGUCCAGUCAGUCGGUGUUGGAACAGCUGAGCUCGUCCGCCCCUCCACCGUCCACCCCGUCUCCCCCAAUCCGCCCCUGGGAGUCAGGACCCCCAAGUCGGAGACAACCUCACCCGCACUACCAUCCGGAGAGAUGCCUCACCCCUGCACGCCACAGGCGCAGCCCGCCUGCGAGGCGCCAGCGCGGCCGUCUCUCCAGACCCAUCCGUCACAUACCCCCCCAUCACCACCCCGCCACCCAGGGCCCUCUACCUCGCCUGGCGCCAUCAGAGCACCAGGAUGAAAACUACCGCCACAACCCCAACCCCUCCACACACCAGACGUACCCGACACCGACACCCAGCGUCUACGCUCAGCCCCCUUCAGCUGGAGGCGGAGGGGCGGGUUUGGAGGAGCCCCGGGCUUUUCACCCUCCCGCUUUGUCGCCGCGACUACUGCACCCGGCUGCUCAUCAUCUUCACCACCAUCACCCGCAACACCAUCAUGCAACGCAACAGCAGAGGGGUGCCAUGGUCAUGGACUUGCAUGAACAGUUGCAGCAGAGCAGCGUGCCAGUGUCCUACACAGUGACCCCAGUCCCUCCGCACAGUCUGGCAGCACCUUUGUGUAGCGGCCAGCACCUUCCCCCUACGUGUUCGUCACAACAACAAGUCCCCGCCUGCAGUGUGGUCUUCAGCACGGGACAACACUACCACCCGAUGCUACAGGCUUGUUCAAUGCAACAUCUGCCUGUGCCCUAUGCCUUUCCCUCGCUGCUGUCCAGUGACACUCAGUUCCUGCUCUCCCACCCCCCCCACCUCUCAAACAACCCGCCCCACCUCACACACGGUGGACAGUUCCUGCCUUUCCAGACGCAACAGCCACGAUCGCCUUUACAGAGGAUCGAAAAUGAGGUUGAUAUUCUGGGCGAGCAGCUCUCAGUAGGUGGAGGCUUCAGUUAUGCCCACCAUCACCACCAUCACCACCAGCCUCCCUCCUCCCUGCCGCCCUCCACGCCACUCCAGUUCCUAUCGCACCAUGACCCCCUUUCGCAUGAGCUCUUUACAGUGCCCUAUCCCCACUUUAUGCCUCGCCGAUUCACAAGCCGGCGUUACCGCUCUCAGCAGGCUGUGCCCCCGUCGCCCUACCACCCCAGCUUCCUGCCUUACUUCCUGUCAAUGCUUCCUGUGCCCCCAAAUGUGGCCCCCACCAUAAAUCUAGAGCUGGAUGUGGACGACGGCGAGGUGGAGAACUAUGAGGCCUUGCUGAACCUUGCAGAACGUCUGGGGGAGGCAAAGCCCCGUGGGCUCACUAAGGCCGAUAUAGAACAGCUCCCAUCAUACAGGUUCAACUCCAACAACCAUCAAUCUGAACAGACACUGUGCGUGGUAUGUAUGUGUGACUUUGAGUCUCGCCAGCUCCUCAGGGUCUUGCCCUGUAAUCACGAGUUUCAUGCCAAGUGUGUAGACAAGUGGCUUAAGGCUAACCGAACCUGUCCUAUCUGUCGGGCCGAUGCUUCUGAGGUCCAGCGGGAUUCCGAGUGACCAAGUCCCAAAACCCUAAAUCCCUGUCGGCCUUUUGGAUGCAACAACCAAUCCGUGAACUUCUUUUGUUUUAUCAUACGCUUCCUCUGCCACAUUCUGCCACAUAACUGUGUGAGAAAUCAGUGUUCCUUAUUCCUUCACUCUUUGUCCCCCAGGACACAGAACAUUCAUUCUCAUUUGGGAUUAUCAACAUUUUACUGACUCUUACUCACUUUAUUGCUGGACUUCCUCGGCCUUCUGUUUUGGACUUUUAGAGCCCUUCUUCUUCUCAUGGUUA